AUGCACGGCACGGCCUCUGGUGUAGACCCCAGUUUAACCAUUUUCCCGGAAACAGGACUGUGGAUCCGUGUGGUCACAGCGCUGGGAUUCAUCCUCAUCAGCAAAAUCGCCUGGGACCUUUUCUUUUCUUCGUUGAGCGUUUUUCCUGGCCCCGUCGCUGCCAAGAUCACAGACGUCUGGCGUGCCGUACACACCUUCCGCGGCCGCAUUGACCUGGAGCACGUCCAGCUUCACCGACAGUAUGGCUCGGUGGUACGGAUCGGUCCGAACUGUCUGAGCUUGUCGGACCCAAAUUUGAUCAGAGUGGUCUAUACGACUCGUAGUCCGUGGAAGAAGAGUGAUAUGUACAGGCCCAAUGAUGUUCUUAUUGAGGGUCACCGGAUAUCGAAUUUGUUCAACACGCCGGAUGAGGAUUGGCAUAAUCAGAAUAUCCGGCCUAUCAGGGGCCUCUGGUCCAUGACCAAGGUUCUCGAGUAUGAGCCACUAAUCGAUGAGACCUUGGGAAAGUUGGUCCAGAAGUUGGCAGCCAAGUUUGCCGAUGGUCCGAACGCGGGAACAGUCUGUCCUGCAGAUGAUUGGAUUGGAUAUUUUGCCUGGGAUGUCACUGCGAAUAUUAGUUUUGGUCGUCACUAUGGCUUCAUUGACCAGGAGCAGGACGUGAAUAAUCUGAUCACCGACUCGACAAAGGGUCUCAUUUACUUUGCACCGGUAUCCCAAAUCCCAUGGAUUGACUCCCUCCUCGACAAGAACCCACUCGUUCGAAUCGGUCCUAAGCCGACUCUCACCGGUGUUCUAUAUGCCUUCAAGGUUGUUGCAGAAUAUCAGGCCCAAUCCAGCGAGGAAAAAGCCAAGUCGGGCCCUGCAAACCACACACUGGAGAAAUAUGUGCAACUGAAGGAAACACACCCGGACAUUGUGGAUGACAACCAAAUUGUCAAUUGGUUGAUGUUGAGCAUCCUUGCCGGAGGUGACACCACCUCCGCAACCAUGCGUGCCACGGUCUACUACCUGGCCAAAACACCCGACGCAUCUUGCAGGCUCGCUGAUGAACUGACACAAGCAUCUCUGACCAUUCCGGCCAAAUGGAAAGACAUCAAUGCUUUGCCCUAUCUUGAUGCCGUCAUCCGCGAGAGCAUCCGCAUGAACCCAGGUCUUGCGAUGAUCUUAGAACGAGUCGUACCCGAUGAAGGUUUCACCUUGCCUGAUGGACGUUACAUCCCCGCGGGGACGAAAGUUGGCAUCAAUCCAUUCGUGACCAACCGGGACUAUGGAGUAUUCGGGGAAGAUGCAGACUCCUUCAAUCCGGAUCGAUGGCUGAAGGGCGCAGGGGAGAAUGUUGAGGCGUAUGAGUCUCGACUGCGCCGAAUGAAGGAUACCAGCGAUUUUACCUUUGGAGGCGGUGGACGAAUCUGCAUGGGACGGUACCUUGCGAUGCUGGAGAUCUACAAGUUCAUUGCCACCUUGUACAGUUUGUUCGAUAUUCAACUGGUGGAUCCGAAACAUGAAUGGAAGUAUCGCAACGCCUGGUUUGUGUACCAGUAUGACAUGCCUAUGGUAAUCCGACGACGAGGCCAGGAAUGA